UCACGUGCCCACACUGGGGCCGCAAUAAAUGCCCGCGAGCGCGAGAGAGCGGCUGAAGCUCUCGGCGCCCGGUUCUGCGCGCCCCCGGUGCACCGAGCAGGAGCGAGAGGUCGCCGCCGAGCCCCGCCGCCGAGCCCCCCGCCCCUCGCUCCUGCAGAUAAGGCUCAGAGAAGCUGGCGCGCCCACCCUGGCAAACUAACGAAGUAGCUCCCUUCCCACCCCAACUGCAGGUCUGAUUGAACGCUUUGCCUGGCACUUCUUCCAGGCUGUGGGAGCCGCAGCAGCGGAGGCUCCCGUACCCCUGCGGUCAGCGUCCCCCUCGCCCCGGACGCGCGGUGCUCGGGCCCUUCCUUAGCGGGGCUCUCGGUCUGCAGUCCCGAGUGAAGGCUCUGGGCGGCUGCAGAGGCCUGCGGUCUGGUUCGGCUCCGCUCUCCCAGGAAACUUUAUACUGGAGAGCCAAAAGGAGUGGAAGAGCCUGUCUUGGAGAUUUUCCUGGGGAAAUCCUGAGGUCAUUCAUUAUGAAGUGUACCGCGCGGGAGUGGCUCAGAGUAACCACAGUGCUGUUCAUGGCUGGAGCAAUUCCAGCCAUGGUGGUUCCUAAUGCCACUUUAUUGGAGAAACUUUUGGAAAAGUACAUGGAUGAGGAUGGUGAGUGGUGGACAGCCAAGCACAGAGGGAAAAGGGCCGUCACACAGGAUGAGCUGCAGAGUAUCUUGGACCUUCAUAAUAAAUUACGAAGUCAGGUGUAUCCAACAGCCUCUAAUAUGCAGUAUAUGACAUGGGAUAUCGAGCUGGAAAGAGCUGCAGAAUCCUGGGCUGAAGCUUGCUUGUGGCAACAUGGACCUGCAAGCUUGCUUUCAUCAGUUGGACAGAAUUUGGGAGCACACUGGGGAAGAUAUAGGCCCCCAGCGUAUCAUGUACAAGCAUGGUAUGAUGAAGUGAAAGACUUUAGCUACCCAUAUGAACAUGAAUGCAACCCAUAUUGUCCAUUCAGGUGUUCUGGUUCUGUAUGUUCGCAUUAUACACAGGUGGUGUGGGCAACUAGUAACAGAGUCGGUUGUGCCGUUAAUUUGUGUCAUAACAUGAACAUCUGGGGUCAGAUUUGGCCCAAAGCUGUCUACAUGGUGUGCAAUUACUCCCCAAAGGGAAACUGGUGGGGGCAUGCCCCUUACAAACAUGGACAGCCCUGUUCUGCUUGCCCACCUAGUUUUGGAGGGGGCUGUAGAGAAAAUCUGUGCUACAAAGAAGGAUCAGACAAUUAUUAUGCCCCUCAAGAAGAGGAAACAAAUGAAAUAGAAGGACAGCAGUCAGAAGUUCAUGACACCCAUGUCCAUACAAGAUCAGAUAAUAGUAACAGAAACGAAGUCAUAAGCACACAGCAAAUGUCCCAAUUUGUUUCUUGUGAAGUAAAAUUAAGAGAUCAGUGCAAAGGAACAACCUGCAAUAGGUACGAAUGUCCUGCUGGCUGUUUGAGUAGUACAGCUAAAGUUAUUGGCAGUGUACAUUAUGAUAUGCAUUCCAGCAUCUGUAGAGCUGCAAUUCAUUAUGGCAUAAUAGACAAUGAUGGUGGUUGGGUAGAUAUCACUAGACAAGGAAGAAAACUGUAUUUCAUGUAUUCCAGUAGGAAUGGUGUUGAAUCAGUUAGCAAAUAUCAGUCUGCUAAUUCCUUUACAGUCUCUAAAGUAACAGUUCAGGCUGUGACUUGUGAAACAACUGUGGAACAGCUCUGUCCAUUUCAUAAGCCUGCUUCACAUUGCCCAAGAGUAUACUGUCCUCGUGACUGUAUGCAAGCAAAUCCACAUUAUGCUCGUGUUAUUGGAACUCGAUUUUAUUCUGAUGUGUCCAGUAUCUGCAGAGCAGCAGUACAUGCUGGAGUGGUUCGAAAUCAUGGUGGUUAUGUUGAUGUGAUGCCUGUGGACAAAAGAAAGGCUUACAAGGCUUCUUUUCAGAAUGGAAUCUCCUCAGAAAGUUUACAGAAUCCUACGGGAGGAAAGGCAUUCAGAGUAUUUGCUGUUAUGUGAAACGGAAUACUUGGAAGAGGAUCAUAAAGACGAUUCCAAAUGCAAUAUUUCUGAAUUUUGUAUAAAACUGUAACAUUACUGUACAGAGUACAUCAACUAUUUUCAGCCCCAAAAAGUGCCAAAUGCAUAUAAACCUUGAUAGACAAAGCCUAUAAAGUAAAACAUGGGACAUUGGCUUUGGGAAAGUAAUGAAAAUGUAAUGGUUUUAGAAAUCCUGUGUUAAAUAUUGCUAUAUUUUCUUAGCAGUUGUUUCUACAGUCAAUUACAUAGUCAUGAUUGUUCUACAUUUCAUAUAUUAUAUAAUAUGGUGCUUUGUAUAUGCCACUAAUAAAAUGAAUCUGAACAUUGAAUGUGAAUGGCCCUCAGAAAAUCAUCUAGUACAUUUAAAAAUAACUCUAAAACUGAAAGAAACCUUAUCACAUUUUCCCCAGUUCAGUGUUAUGCCAUUACCAGCUCCAAAUAAUCUCAAAUAAUUUUCCACUUAAAAACUGUAAAUUUUUUUCUUCUUUUAAUUUAGGCAUAUAGGAUAUUAAGUUCUGAUAUUGCACUUCUUAUUUGAUAUAAAAUAAUCCUUUAUUAUCCAAAUGAGUCUGUUAAAAUGUUUGAUUUCUUGGGAAUGUCCUUAAAAUUAAAUAUAUUACAGUCAUAGUGGUGGUAUGAAAACAUAUCUAGUGAUCAUGUAGUAAAUGUAGGGUUAAGCAUGGGCAGCCAGAGCUUUUUAUGUACUGUUAAAAUUGAGGUCACAUAUUUUCUCUUGUAUCCUGGCAAAUACUCCUGCAGGCCAGGAAGUAUAAUAGCAAAAAGUUGAACAAAGAUGAACUAAUGCAUUACAUCACCAUUGCCACUGACUUUUUUUUUAAAAUGGUAAAUGACCUUGUGUAUAAAUACUGCCAUAUUAUGGUGCAUAUAAUGGUGAUAUAUUGUUUCUAUGAAAAACGUAUUGUGCUUUGAGACUAAAAAUCUGUAAAAUGUCACUUUUGGUAAUUCUUCUUUCUGAUGGUGGAUUUAUUAUUUCCCUUAAACAUUAAAAUUAAUCAUGUUUCAAAGUUUUA